AUGCUCUCCCUCAAGUUCAUCGUCGUCUCCGCUAUGGCCAUCGGCGCAGCCUUUGCUGCUGUUGCUAUCCCUCCUAGAGAAGCCCAAAAGGCAUCAGCAACUACCCAUGAGGCACGGGGCCUUCUGGACCACUUCCGCCACGACUCUGCUAGCGACCCCGAACCCGAGGAGUACGGGUACAACGAGCUGGAUGAUUUCUAA